AUGACAUCGGCGUUAGUAAACACAGCAGCAACUGAUCAGAUAAAAACAAUAGCAUUAGCCAUAGGUAACGUUGAACAAAAUCUGGAAGGUUUGAUUAUUGUAUGGCCUGAUGCUGAUAUUCAUAAAGAGGAUUAUGACGUAAAAAGACAAUUCUUUUUUUGUCAAACGAUUAAUUAUUUAAAAGCAUUUGAUAAUAUUGCCGAUUGUAUACAAUAUGUAACAUCAAUGAAAAGUGAAAAAAUAUGUUUUAUCGUAUCCGGAAAACAAAUUGUACCCGACAUUCAUUCUUAA